UGGCGGGCGGGUUGAAAAGCGAUGAGUAAGGCAUUUUCCAAUCGAACAUAAUUUUUACACGUCAGAGUAACAAAAAUAUAAAAGAGGAACUGUUCUCUAGGGAGCCACUUUAGAGUAGAGGGCCACUUAGGUACACCUGUAUUUUGAAGUGUCAAACGAAACGAAAUCGCAAAAAGUCAGGUUUAAGAGAAACUUUGCUUCUUGAUAUUUUAUGAUAAACAAUGUUUCGCCCAGGGCGAAGAAGAUCCCCAGGGAUCGGUUUGUUAUUUUUGGUCAGCCAGCUCUACAACAUCGGUUUCAACAGGAUUCCUCCAGUGACACUGUCUUUCAUCGGUAUAAACGUCGCGGUUUAUCUCCAGCUUCUGAAAAACCUUCCACCUCUCGGAAAAGCUUGUGUUAGUGCACAUCAUGUCUGGUACGAUGGCGAUUAUAAGCGAAUCAUUUUCGCUGCUUUUUAUCACUUCGACGACUUUCAUCUGUACUACAACAUGGCCUCGUUCGUUUGGAAGGGCAGGUCGCUUGAAGCUAAGAUGGGAAGUGCGAAAUUUCUGUACAUCUUGUCCGUGUUCAUUGUCGUAACCAACAGCGUUCUUGUGGCCUUAGACAUUGCCUUGGCAAAUAUAACCGAGGACUAUUCCUACAUAUACACCUGUGCCGCAGGUUUUUCAGGUGUCAUCUUUUCUCUUAAAGUUCUUACAACGUACAACCUUCCUUCUGGUGUGUCCAUGGUAAUGGGUAUGUUCCCUGUGCCCAGGAGGUGGGCUUGUUGGGUGGAGUUGAUUGUCAUUCAGAUCCUGUUUCCAAAUGUUUCAUUUACUGGUCAUUUAGCUGGUAUUCUUGUGGGAUUCAUGUAUGUUAAAGGUCCUUUGAAGUUUAUCAUGGACACAAUCAGUGGUGCAGGAUCAGGGUUGACGAGAGGAAUGAGACGCUCCUACACAUACCAUGUAGGGACAACAGGACGAAGAGGAAACCGACAGCCUCCGGGUGAUUCUGAUUCCGCAGAUGAAGAACUCCGAGAGGCUAUAAGGGCAAGCCUCCGGGAAACACACAUGAAUCGACAGCCAGACCUGGAUGAUUACGACCCACGGAUACAGACGGCGAUAAGAGAGAGCCUAGAUAACCCUGGAGGGGAGCCUUCUCGGUGGUCUGAUAACCAGCGGCCUCAGAGAAGAGAGCCAUCUCCCAGAUCUCCACCAUACCCUCCUCAAAAUGGGGGCCGUUAUAAUUCUUGGUCGCAAACUUCAUCUGGUGAUGUUUCUUCGCGGCUGCCACCCUACCCGUCACAGGGGCCUCUAGCCUACCCCUCCCAGGAAGUUCCACCGUACCCUCGAGAUCGAGAAGGUCUUUAUCCCCGACUUCCGGAUCUACCUCCUCAUACAGGCGGGGCGUUUGCGCAGUCUCCAUCGUACCCCUCGAGGGCGGCGGGAUCCUACUCUAUGGUGCCAGAACCUUCUGCUUCCCCGCAGGAACACAAUGUUAACGGAUACCCAGGGAGACAUGCGCCGUUCCCCACGGAUAGUGUCACGCCCCAAGAAAGUUCGCUGGAUGAAAUUCGUAGAAGAAGGCUUCAACGAUUUGAAAGAUAGCAUACUGGAAAAAAGACUUUCGCAGCCUUACAAGUGAGUUGAACCUGCGAUGGUACACCACAUAAACCAGCUGUAAUACUUGAGCGGCCUGCAGUUGGUGGUCGCUUACAAGAGACCUGAAAGUUACAGUGUAGAUUCUUGAUUCCAGCCAAAUGCAUCUUUGGGCCAAAAUUAUAUUAUUGAAGAUCUGUGUAAAUUAGGGAGUCCAUAACAAAUUAACAUUCAGGGCCUCAUUCAUACGAAAAUGUCGCGGUUGCGUAUAUGUUAUUCCCGUGCUCUUUCAACGCACAUGUUUUACAUAUAGAGUAUAAAGAGAGAAUUAAUUAUGAUAGGUCCAUUAACAAACAGCAAUUUUUCUCAAGUGAGUUCAUACAAAUUAUGAUGUUUAAGUCGUCGCGCGAAAAUAAUACCUCAAAGGUGUCGUUUGACGAGAAACGAAAAUUAGAAAAUCAAUUUGUUCAAAAUAUAGUUCUCAAAAUAUAUUAGGUUUGCCGGCAAUCUCUUGUCGGUGUAAUAGCGUAAACCUCUCACGCCAUUGGAUUCUCUGUGGCUUGAGGAACUUUGCACUUUUUAUAGGGAAGUGAAGUUUAAGCUUUCGAAUUUUGUCUUCUCUACCGGGUUUUUUUUUUAGAUUCCAAUUCUUCCUUUUUCUCAGCUGUAACCUUUGCCGAUUAGGACAAUUUUCUUUGACUCCAGUCUUCAGAAAAGAAGGCGCGUGGACCCGGGACCGCAGCGUGAGAGAAAGGGCUGAUGGGAAAAAGAAAGAGGCCACUUCCUCUCUCGUUUUCUUACUUUUUACCACCCCUUGCGCUUUUGUGUCGUCCACAUUCUGAAGACGACUGGGAACGAGUCACGUGAAAAGUAUAUGGGGGGUACGGUUUCUAAAGAAACUGUGGUGCUGCGUCGGUGGGGGUAACAAGGUAAUUUGGUAUAUCAACUAAGUUGAAAUUGUAAAUUGGCCACCGUAAAGAGUUCAUAGGCUGACGUUUCGAGCGUUAGUCCUUCUUCAUAGUGAAUGAAAAUUAUAUGGAUACUUUAAAAUCAUGUUUCCGAUUAGGGACUGGAACCCUUUUUUUUUUUUUUUUCGGUAAGUUGGGAUAUGGAAAAUAAUAAUAGGUUCCAGUCCUUACUCGGAUACCUGACUUAAGAGUAUACAUUAAAGUCACGAUUCUUGGAUAUUUUUACGGAGGAAACAUUUUUGAGGCAUCGAUCGCAUCAGACUAAAACCAAAUUGAGAACGCGUACCAUUGGCAGUUUAAAUUAUUUUCACAGUAGCGUACAUCACACGAGCCUUGACGCGGUGUAUGACAUGAGACCAUCACUGGAGCGAGGCAAAAACCGCACGCAUCGAGUUUGCGACGAUUAAACCAGCUUUCACCAACGCA